CUGCCGUAAAACCAGAAGAUGAAGAAGAAAGGCAAAACAAAUAGAAGAAGAAGAGGGUAGAGGAGGGUUCCCUGAACUUUGCCUUGACUUAGCAGACGUGUUCUGUCCUCCACUUGUUUGUCACUCCUGUCAUCAUGGCGCUGGCUGGCGUGAGAGUCAUAGAGCUGGCGGGUUUGGCUCCGGCGCCCUUCUGUGGCAUGAUCCUGGCAGACUUUGGGGCCAAGGUGAUCAGCGUAAACCGCACCAACGUUUCCAUGAGUGUGGACACGCAGGCGAGGGGGAAACGAUCUGUGGCCAUCAACCUGAAGACCUCACAGGGCGUGGCCUUGCUCAAGAAGCUCUGCGUUCAGUCGGAUGUCGUCCUCGAGCCCUAUCGCAAAGGUGUAAUGGAGAAGCUGGGCCUCGGUCCACAUGAGUUGUUAACGGAAAAUCCUCGUCUGAUCUACGCUCGUUUGACGGGCUAUGGCCAGAGUGGGCCUUACGCCACAGCUGCCGGGCAUGACAUCAACUACCUCGCCAUGUCAGGCCUUUUAUCCCGACUGGGGCGCAGCGGAGAGAAGCCCUACGCUCCGCUGAAUCUGUUGGCAGACUUUGCAGGCGGGGGUCUUACUUGUGCCCUCGGGAUAGUCCUAGCGCUGCUGGAGAGGACAAAGUCAGGGAAAGGACAGGUUAUUGAUGCAAGCAUGGUGGAAGGAGCAGCAUAUACAGGUUCUUUUAUAUGGAAAUCUCGUAGUAUUGGUUUAUGGGAUCGCCCUAGAGGAGAGAACAUGCUGGACAGUGGAGCGCCCUUCUAUGAUACCUACCAGACAUCAGAUGGAGAGUAUGUCGCUGUGGGCGCCAUAGAACCACAGUUCUACAAACAGCUACUCAAAGGUUUAGAGUUGGAUGCCGGAGACCUGCCUCCUCAGAUGAGCUUCAGUGACUGGCCUGAGCUUAGGCGCAUCUUCACAGAGCGUUUCGCCUCGAAAACACGAGAGGAUUGGUUGAAAGUUUUUGAUGGGACUGACGCAUGCGUUACGCCCGUGUUGUCUUUCGACCAGGUGAGCUCACAUCCGCACAACCAGGAAAGAGGAUCUUUCAUAAAGGCCUCCAGCGGGGAAGAAAGCCCCCGGCCAGCGCCGGUUCUAUCGCGGACUCCCGCCGAGCCUUGUCUAGCCGCAGACCCUGUUAUCGGAGAACACACAGUUGAAGUCCUAGGGGAGUACGGCUUCACAUCAGCAGAGAUAAAUCACAUGCUGGCAGCCAGAGUCAUAGAGUGUAAUGCUAUCAAAGCGAAUUUGUAGAAGAUCGUAAGUCAAAAACCAUCAAAAAAUCCACAAGUUUUAUAAUAUUUGGGGCAGAGGACAUGUUAAGAGAUAAGAGGGUUAAAUAAGUGUGAUAUGGACACUUUAAUAAAUGAACCAGACAAAAAAUCAAAGUGAAGUGCUGAACACAUUUGAGGGAUUAACAGGGUUUGAUUGAGCGUGAGGAUAAAAUUAAAAGAGGAAAUAGAAAAUUUGGAAAAUGUUUCUCUUUUCAGCAGCUACACCUUCAAAUGGAUAAAAUGAAAUACUCCUGAUAUACCAGAAAAAUUUGCUCUAGGCAUGCUUUCAGGGGAAACAUAGAGUUUAGAUGUGUACUUCCACUGAAGGCGAAUAUUGACUGAACAAGAUGAAAGGCCGUGCUCUGCACUCUCCUCAUACCUGGGUGUAGUUCUGGUGCUUAUUCCGGUGGCUACAUCCUGGUUUACCUGAUAUAUCCACGUCCAAAGAGACUUGUGUGCGUAGGUUUACAGAUCAGCAGCACCAAACAUAUAACUAAAUAAGAGUUUGCCUUGCUGUUCUCCCACCAGAGCUUAAAGUCAGAUGGAUCUGACUUUGUCGUGCUCCGGUAGCACUUUACGUCUCAGUCCCAGCUCUGCUGCAGUUUAAUCAUCCACUGAGAAACAUUUUGGAGACGGGAAAAGUUAACCCCACAAAAGGACAAACUGUUUUUAAACAGCUUAAUUUAUUCAUCCAGUGUGUGUCUCUCAUCCAGAUCCCACGUGGUAAUCAUUUAAAGAAUCAUGUUGUGGAAUUCUAGUUAAAUACUACCAAGAAAAAGUAUGAUCUAACUAUAUGAUAACUUUAGGCCAUUUGAACUUUGCCUGAUACGAUCGUGCAUCUUGUUCAAUAGUCGCAUCUCGUGGUGUUUGUGGGUGUGUGGAAACGUCUUUCUGCAGCCUCAAACCUUCCAUUUCACAUCACUGCUGAUGUCAUUCCCCCGUUAUCAGGCGAGCACGACCUUGACAAAUGUUCAGAUUAUUAUUCAUGAGAUGUAUUGAAGUUUGCAAUUUCGCUGUAUGACGGCAAAAACUUGGCAUUAUGUAAAUGACUAUGAACAACUCCACAGUGAAUUACGCAGCAUUAAAGUUGACGAUUACGGA